AAAACCUUUAAAUUCCAAUAACUCGUUUCACCAUAAUCCUAUACAUUAUUUUGAUUAGUUCCAUUGUUCUGCCUAAGUGGAUUCUUCCACAGCUAGUUAUAAUUACUGAUUAACUUUCUUGGUUAAUAAGAUAUAUAUAUAAUGUAUAUUUGUAAAUCAGUUUAUUUUAGUGAAUUCUUAGUAAUUUUAUUGGCAGCAUUAAACAUCAAGGACAUGAUUGAAUAUUGCCACUCAAACGCAACGUUUCUACCAAUCUGGAGUGAUGGUUUGUCUCCUUGCAUUUAUGACACCGUAAAGCCCAUUGUUUUAUUCCUUAUUCCAUUUUGUAAGUGGUUAUAUAACGAACAUCGUGUACAUCAUUGUAAACGCAACAGACGUAAACACAAAGACAAGAAACAAGAAGAAGACCAAGUUGGAUUAAUUCAAAAUGCUGAACCUGUAGAUGAUAUGCAUCAAAGCAUUGAUAUGGAAGAUGUAAAAGAAUGCAAAAAAAAGUUCUUUAAGGAUUUUUCAUUUCCAGAACUUCCACUGCCAUUUCUGUAUGCUGUGCAGAUGUUUUUGCAUGGGAUACAAUUUGUUCUCCCACUUGUGCAUCUCCUGGCAAAAGUAAUUUUAUGCAAAAAUUGCACCUCUGGUGUGGAUUUGCUUUCAGGUGGGUUAGAAGUAAUGGCUUGGUUUUUUGCAUUAAAGGCUUUAAAAUGUGAGCGCUUUCGUUAUUAUGUGAUCAAAGCAAAACACCAUUCAAUCCCAUUGAUUUCAUUCUGGUUUUUGGCAUUAUUGUUUGAGGUGUUAGUGUUUGUUUCGUGGAACAGUAUGCAGUGGUAUUUGAGAGAACACAAGACUGAUACCGAUUUACUAAACUUUAUAAUGUUUUGUUUACGAUUAUCUGUGACGAUAAUACUCUUUAUACUUGGACUUCAUGGACCUGGUUUAUACAAGAUAAAAAAGGAGAAGAAACAGGUAGAUCCAACACAAAAAUCACCCUUUGCUGCUUUGUGGGAAAAGAGCAAACAACUCUGGCCAUUUAUAUGGCCUCGUGAUAAUUGGCUACGCUUAAGAGUUGUGAUGGCUGUUUGUUUGCUUGUUGCUGCACGUGUUGUAAAUGUGUUCGUGCCAAUUCAAAACAAAAAAAUUGUAAAUUAUUUGACUGACAAGAAAAAUACAUCUGAUCCUUGGUAUCUUAUCUUGAUAUAUAUGUUGCUAACUUUCCUGCAAGGAGGUGGUGGUAUCGGUGCUUCUGGAUUACUUGGAAAUUUAAGGUCAUACAUUUGGAUUAAAGUUCAGCAGUACACUAGUCGCUCUGUUCAAACUGAACUGUUUGAACAUUUACAUCACUUAUCACUAAGAUGGCAUUUGCAAAGAAAAACUGGUGAAGUCAUUCGAAUGGUGGAUAGAGGUUCCACUAGUAUUGAAAGUUUAUUAAGCUAUAUCUUAUUUCAAAUUGUCCCAACAAUUGUUGAUAUUUUGGUUGCACUUGUUUUCUUUGGUGCAGCAUUCAAUGGCUGGUUUGCAUUGAUAGUAUUUCUUACUAUGUCGUUCUACAUCGCGGCAACCGUUAUUGUAACUGAAUGGAGAACGAAGUUUCGGCGAGAAAUGAAUGAAAAAGAAAAUAUUACAAAGGCUGCUGCUGUGGAUUCCUUGCUUAACUUUGAAACAGUAAAAUAUUAUAACAAUGAAAGUUUCGAAGUAACAAGAUAUCAAGACAAGAUAAUGAAUUACCAGUCUGCUCAGUGGAUGUCUUUGGUCACUUUAAAUGUUUUAAACAUUUCACAAAGUGUAAUAAUUACAGGAGGAUUGUUGGCUGGUAUGUUGUAUUGUGGAAAACUUGUGGUUGAGGGAAAGCUUACAGUUGGUGAUUUUGUAUUAUUUAUCACCUAUGUGAGACAGCUUUACACACCCUUGAAUUUCUUUGGUACAUACUACAGAUUAAUUCAAGCUGCUUUUAUUGAUAUGGAAAAUAUGUUUGAUUUGCUGAGUGAAAAAGUUGAGGUUAUUGAUGCAGAUGAAGCACCUGUGAUACGAUUAAAUCAUGGCUUGGUUGAGUUCAAAAAUGUAGAAUUUUAUUAUGAUGAGAGGAAACCCAUUUUAAAAGGCAUUUCGUUUUCAGUUUUGCCAGGACAAACUGUUGCAUUGGUUGGACCAUCUGGCAGUGGAAAGUCUACAAUUAUAAGAUUGUUAUUUCGAUUUUAUGAUGUCCACUCAGGUACUGUUUUGAUUGAUGGCCAAGAUAUCAGACAGGUAACCCAAAAGUCACUCCGUCAAAUUAUUGGAGUGGUACCACAGGACACAGUCUUAUUUAACGACACUAUCAAAUACAACAUAGCAUAUGGGCGAGUCGGUUCAGAUGAUUCAGAAGUCUCAGAUGCAGCAGCAGCUGCUGAUAUUCAUGUUAAGAUAACAGGUUUUCCGGAAGCAUAUGAAACAGUAGUUGGAGAGCGUGGAUUGAAGCUCAGUGGUGGAGAGAAACAAAGAGUAGCUAUAGCCAGGACGUUACUUAAGGCACCAGAAAUUGUACUCCUGGAUGAGGCAACAUCUGCUUUGGACACACAAACGGAAAGAAACAUUCAAGCCUCUUUAAAUAGAGUUUGCGCCAACAAGACCACAAUUGUUGUGGCACACAGGCUUUCAACUAUUAUUGGCGCCGAUCAAAUCCUUGUUUUAAAAGAUGGUGUUAUUGUUGAACGUGGAAGACAUCAUGAGUUGUUGGAAAAAAAUGGAUUGUAUGCUGUUAUGUGGAAUCAACAACAACAGGACGAAGCAACAGAAGAAGCUGCAAGUCCUUCUGAUAAAAAAGAUGACUAGUAAUGUGUCUCUCACAUUGUCUGUGUUAUAUUGCUUGCAUGUUGAAAUGUUUUGUUCUGUUACUGUGAAUAUGCUGUUGUAUAUUUUUUUUACUGUGUUUUCUCAUAUUUUUUUCAAUCAUUUUAUUAUUCCCUUAAAAGAAAAAAAAUAUUUCAUUUAAUUUUCAAGUUUUUACUGAAUGAUGAUUUUUGUGCUUUACUUUCAAAUUGCAUAACAACAGUAAAACUACCUAUUUAUCUAUUGUGACUGUAUCUAUUGUGAGGGUAAGAAUUAAGAUACACGGUUUUGUUUUUCCCCCUUACCUAGUCUAUCCAUUUCAACAAAAUGCAUAAUUUUUGAUUUAUUUAUAUUUUUUGUUAUUUUUAUGUAUUUUUAUGGUAGAUGAUUUCAUAAUUUAAUUUCCUGAUCUAGCUCCUCAACUUAAAAAAUUAUAGGCUUAUUACACGAAAUUAAAAGUUUUAUUCUAUUAUUAAUAAUAUUCUUUAAAUUAAGAAAGUGUGCUAUGUGCGGUCAAUUUUAAUAAAUGCCCUCUCUUUUUUGAGAGCUUUUUCCCAAUAUGCCUUCCUCCUCUACUUCCGUGUUGUUCAUAUGUGAACAUGUGUAAGAACAUGAGCAUGUGUAUAAAAACCUUUCUCCAAAAUUUGAUAGCAUCUUCCUACCUAUAUAAAAUUUAACACCUCAGUAGCCUAAUAUAUGUUUACUGUUUAAGUGAAUAUAUUUUUAAAAAAGUUAAAAAAUGUUAAAAAGAUUUGUCAGUUUUUUUAACAAUGUGUACCAUGGUGGUCAAUUUUAUGUUCCAAUCUCUCAUUGGUAAACAUACGACGACGGCUGUUUUGUUUGUAAUAUUCCAACCUCACUUUGCGGCCACUUUUAAUGUGGCAUUGUAAAAAUUACAAACGUUGAGUACGAAGUAAAACUGGCCAGUGCACAAGAUAUUUUAGUUUUAUAUUUAUUUAUGAUGGCUAUAUAUCUCUUGUAGUUUGGUUAAGAAAAAAAAAGGUUCAAAAUAA